AAAAUAACAAAAUAAAAACAGAGAGAUUCAGUUACAUAACAAUACUUGUUUCCCUCAACCUCUCUAUUUUCUCUUCCUUUUCCUUCUCAAAUUUCGUCAUUUGAAUAUCUCCGGUUCUUUCUACAUUGGAUCCAGAAAUUGAAAACAAUGGGCUUCGGCGCUCUCUUUCAUCGCAAGAAGAAAGGGACCAACAGCACUUCCUCUUCCAAUCACGAGAGUCCGAACGGAUCGCUGUCCCCGACAACGAGAGAGCCCAGGCAGAAAUCUCAUAUCGACGAGAUAGAGGUUGUUUUCAGGAAAUUUGACGUCAAUGGUGACGGAAAGAUCUCGUCAGCUGAGCUCGGAUCCAUUAUGUCGAGCCUAGGGCAGUCGGCGACGGAGGAGGAGUUGCAGAAGAUGAUCAAGGAGAUCGACGCAGACGGUGAUGGCUAUAUUGACUUCAACGAGUUCGUGGAGCUAAACACCAAGGGAAUCGACAACGACGAGGCCUUGGAGAACCUCAAGGAUGCCUUCGCCGUCUACGACAUCGACGGGAACGGUUCGAUAACUGCGGAGGAGCUGCAUAAGGUGAUGAGCCGACUCGGAGAUGAGUGCUCGAUCGCUGAGUGCCGGAAGAUGAUCAGCGGCGUGGACAGCGACGGAGACGGCAUGAUCGAUUUUGAAGAGUUCAAGGUGAUGAUGAUGAUGGGAGCCAGAUAUGACUCGUUGGAGUCCCAGAGACUCGCUGUCAAAGAAUGAAUCACCACCAUUGAAUUUCUCUCCUGCCAUACUUUUAACUGAAAAUUCGGUUUGGAGAAUCGAAAGAGAUUUGUGUAUAUAUUAUCUUUUUUAAUUUCCACAAUUUUUAAUUGGAAUCCAAAAGCGUUUAUUAAC